UAAUGGCGGACGACGUGAGAUUGUUUUUAUUAAUUCUCUAAGGAUAAACCAAAACGGUUGUUUGUUAUUUAAAAGAGCGUUUACAUUCAGUUUGUCAACUAAAGCUCUUUGCUCAUUGCUCCAUAAUGGUAGAGAAGAAUUCGAAAGGGAAGAAGCGAAAAUGGGAACCAGUAGAAUUGGACGAUCCUUCGUUCUUUGAGGGCGAAAUGGAUGGAUUUGUGUCCCUUGAAGUCAUGGAAGAUUAUCAUCCAGAAGAGCUAGCAGGAAUUAGUGCAGGUGGACCAGCUCAAAAGAAGAAAAUAAAAGAACGGCCGCUGCAGGAGGAUAAUCUGGAACAAACAGUUACCACACCAUCCACACAACUUGAAAAAAGCACAAAGAAUGACCAACAGACAAAGGGAAAAAAGAAGAGGAAAAAGAAAAACAAGGCCCAAAGUAAAGCCCAGUCAGAAGAGCAAAACAGAGUAGAAAUGGUCACUGACAAUAGACUGGUGGAAGAUCUUCCAGAGCCCAUGGUAGAUAUGAGUGCUUGGGAAGUCCUUGGUGUUACCAAAGAAGUUCAGAGAGGACUCAGUGAACAAAGUUUUACUACACCAACCCCCAUACAGACUUUUUCCCUUCCACCUGCAAUAUUCCACCGCAGGGACAUCAUUGGUGCAGCAGAAAUAGUGAGGUUCAGGGGUAAAACACUAGCCUUUGGGAUUCCAAUUCUCACCCAUAUCCUUGGCCACAAGUCCAAUCAAGAAGCAGGUGAAACUACAGAAAAUACUACCAAAAAUAAUGCUACAGAAGCCACAGAAACUGGUAAUGGAACAUCCAAGCUCAAGAAACCACUCCUGGUGUUGAUAAUGACACCAACCAGAGAAUUGGUUAUACAAAUAAAGAAUCAUCUUAAACAGGCUGCAAAACACACAUCUUUAGAGAUUGUUGCUGUGGUUGGAGGAAUGGCACCUCAAAAACAGCAGAGGCUUUUAAACAAGUGUCCUGAGAUAAUAGUAGCCACCCCGGGAAGACUGUGGGAUUUGAUUUCCGAGGUAAGGUUAAGAGCAUGCCGUUUGGAGCACUUGAGAUAUCUUGUGAUUGACGAGGCAGACCGAAUGGUCGAGCAAGGCCACUUUCAAGAAUUAUCUUCUAUAUUGGAGCUCAUUCAAAGAAAGAGUCGUUUAAGAGGAAAGGAAAGUAAAAGAAGAUCACAAGCGAAGAAGGCUUUGGACUUACACCAGCAAAUGAAAGUUUUGCUGAUUUUUUUCUUGCCUGUUAGAUUUAAGCAAAGUGCGAGUGGCUUACUUCUGGCUACAGGUGUGGCCGCCAGAGGUUUGGACAUACCAGCUGUUGAGCAUGUAAUGCACUAUCAAGUUCCGAAGGACCUUGAUCUUUACAUUCACCGCAGUGGACGGACAGCUAGAGCAAGCAGGGAAGGUCUGAGUGUCGUUCUUGUUGGCCCAGAAGAAAUGGGAUCAUACAAGAAAAUUAUGAAGACGCUUAAUGGAGAAAUAACAGAAACUUUGGAGUGUCAAACCCUUCCAGAGACAACAUUUGGGGAAUGGAAGUUGCAUACUGUACUGAGCCUUACCCACUGAGCCAUCUUCCAAUAACUGUUCUGUAGAGGGCACUUGCACACAUUUGUGUUCUGGCAACUUUUGUGUGAUUUUAGUUUUUAUUACUUCUUCAACAAGAAAUGUAUUUGUCGUCUCCACAACAGGCAUUUUGAUAUUUUCUAUAAUGUAUUACAGUUUAUGCAACCAUUUUGCAUUCCAUCCCCAAAAUUUGAG